GUAGUUAACAUCUACUUCUUCAGAGGACGGUAGUGCGCGGCAGCAUUUUGCAGUUACAGGUUUUGGGCCGUCAUGUCCUCUCUCAGGUUUCUUUCUGGCUAUAUGUAGUAAACGUAGGUUAUACCGGAUAAACACGGUUGUCAAUGACAGAAUCCUGGCCAUGUGAAUCCGAGAAUCCGACCACAUUGGAACCUGGGCCAUUCAAAUACAGAAGAAGAAGAACGACAGAAUCGCUACGAAUUUUUGUGCCGCUACGGAGUCCACAGUAAAUUGCAGAGAUUUUACUCUUUUCUAUUACUCCGUGUUCAUCGAGAAAAGGUUAUCUGCUCCUUUUACAAAUUCUAACCUUUAUAAAGUAACGGAUACAUGCCACCGUGCCACCCUGGAACACAUGUUACGUUUAUGAUGUUGUCUUUAAAUAAUAUCAAAUUGAUUAAUUUUGUAAAGUAUUCUGCGUGGAAACUCUGUACAGAUAAUACGUAUUGUCAUUUAAGAACCUGUCGCUAUAAACUGAUUCAGGCUUUCUUUUAUUCGACGAAAUGCAACACGAAAGCGGAUGGAAUUCAAUCGUCUCUCGAUCCCAGAGUCGAAGCACUACGAGAGAAAUUGAUAUAUUGCGACUAUUUAGAUUAUCAUAAAGUAAAACUAAGUUACAUGAAGCGUUUGGUAUUGAAUAAGAGAGCUGAGAAUUUUGCGAGGGAAGUACGAAAGAAUGAGCUUACAAAUGUACCUGUCUACAGCAUACUUUUGGAUGAGAGAAAUGAAGAAAACGACGACAGUCACUUAGAACAAAAAUAUAUAAAUGCAGAAGAAGAUGCAACCAAACCUGUACAUAUGCCAUAUGCGAGUACAGAUUCAUACAGUAAUGUAGACACAUCUUCUGAAAUGAAUGAAAAUAAUUUUGAUGAAGAUACAAUAUCAUUGAACAGCAGGUAUAAAGCUCUAUAUGAAAAAUAUUUAAUGGAAAAGGAUGCGAAUUUGGAAAAAGAAGAAUUUAAUUUACAAGAUUAUUUAGGAGAAGGAGAUACAUAUAAGAAAGAUUUUCCAUCAAAUGUUCCAUCUAAUUGGAUGGUCGACGUUGAGCAAUACGAUGAUACUUUACAGGACAAUACCUGGCUCGGCAAUUAUGGAACUCCUGAUCCAAACUCUAGUAUUAGUUCCAUACCAUGUGGUGGAUGUGGAGCCUUGUUGCAUUGUAAGGACCCUGCUCUACCAGGUUAUUUGCCUUCGGAGUUGUUUCAAAAGAGGAGCAAUCAAGAAUUGCGAGUUAUGAUUUGUCAAAGAUGUCAUUUCAUGCAUUAUUAUAACACCACGUUAGAAGUAAAAGUAUCUGCGGAUGAAUACCCAAAACUUUUAAAAGUGAUAAGAACAAAGAAAUGCGCUGUCAUUCUGAUGGUCGAUCUUACAGAUUUUCCAUGUAGCAUAUGGCCUGAAAUAAAUAGUGUGCUGCAUCCUUUAACACCAGUUUUUGUUGUGGGAAAUAAAGUAGAUUUGCUGCCUCAAGAUUCGAAACAAUUUUUUACUCAUGUUAAAAAUUGCCUGUUGAAGGCUGUGGAAAGUACAAAAAUCAAAAAAGAAAAUAUCAGACAUGUAGAACUUAUAUCUGCGAAAACAGGCUAUGGCAUAGAAGAACUUAUAAAUAAGUUACAUAACAUCUGGAAAUAUAAAGGAGACGUUUAUGUUAUCGGAUGCACAAAUGUUGGUAAAUCCUCUCUGUUCAAUGCUCUUCUACAAUCUGAUUAUUGCAAAGUACAGGCUGUGGAUCUUAUACAACGUGCAACUAUUUCUCCUUGGCCAGGCACAACGUUGAAUUUGUUGAAAUUUCCUAUUCUAAAUCCUGUUAGAAAGCGACUUUAUUUGAGAGCAUUGCGAUUAAAAAUGGAACAGCAGCACAAGCAUGCCGAAGAAAAAUCUCGAAUCAGUCAAUUCGAAAUGACACGUAAUUUAAAGUACGCCACAUUGCAAAGUCAUAUAGGCAGAACAUUUCAAUCAACAUCCGAAAACAAUCUAUUCAUGGAAAGAAAAUUUAAGAAGAAUACGCAAUUCGGAUUUGAUGAGAAUAAGGAAGAAUACAAACUAAGCCGUUGGUGUUACGAUACUCCUGGCACCAUUCAAUCAGAUCAAAUAUUGGAUUUACUGACAAUGCAGGAACUUUUGUCGGUUUUACCGAAGAAAAUAAUCUCACCUAGAACUUUCAUUCUACGUGUAAAUCAAACGAUAUUUUUGGGUGGAAUAGGAAGAUUGGAUUACGUAGAAGGCGAUACUUUUAUUAGGUGUACAAUAUUUUCAAGUAACGAAUUACCGAUAACUCUAACUCGUACUGAGAAUGCGGAUAAUGUAUACAACGAGUUACUUAAAACGGAAGCGUUUGUCGUACCUGAAAAUAAUCCAGACCGAUUGAAACAUUGGCCGCCUUUAGUAUCUAAGGAGAUGGAAAUUACUGGUGUUGGUCAGAACGAAUCAAUCUCUGACAUUGUUUUAUCCAGUGCGGGAUGGAUCGCAAUAGCUGCUGAAGAAGCUGAACGUGUUUUAUUGAAAGCUUGGAAUCCACAAGGUCGCGGCUUAUAUCUAAGAACACCGGCACUUUUGAGGAAAUCUGUCGCUCUACGUGGCCAUCGAAUUUCAGAUACACCGACAUACAAAAGCGGACGACAAGCAUAUAGAAAAUAAAUAUUUCUUUUACACAUGUAUAUUGUACAUAUAAUCUAAAUGUAGUCUCGCUUUACACAUAAAUUCCCUAACAUUUAUAUACAUGUAUAAUUAAUUCAUUUACACAUUCAUUAUCUAUUUUUAUUUCAUAAAACUGUGAUAAAGGACAAUAACUAUAUGUUUGUAUCAAUUACAAUGUCUUUGCAAAAAUGCAUAUAUAUGAUAACAAUUGAACAAGUAUUAACACAUACACGCCACGCCAGUCCCAAAAACUUUUUAAAAUAUUUGAUAGAUUGCUUUAGAAAACCGUGCUGUGUCUUUUGUGUGAUUCGUUAAUUAUCCCGGUGUUGAGCCUAUUUCAUUUAACUUUCCAUUUACGCCACACAGUUGGCGAGAUAUUUUAGGACUGGCGUGGCGUAAAAGGAAAGUUCGGUGUCGGUCCAGCGUAACGUUUAACGUGUUAAUACUUGUACAUAACAUAUAUUUUAAUCAAUACUUUACUUAAUCGUAAUAAAAAAUCUUCUUUUAUUAAAUAAGAUUGCUUUGUUUGAUAUCACGGAUAUGCAUAUAUAUACACACAUAAAGUAAUCUACUUUAGA